ACCCGGAUGCAGAACAUCCUCGAGCAGAACCUGGACAUGGCCACGGCGCUGCUCGCGGGGGAGAAGCUGAAGGAGCUGAUCCUGCCCGGCUCCUCGCAGGACGAGAAGGGCGGGGCGCUGGCCGGGCUCAUGGUGCAGCUGAAGCUGGAGCUGCCCUUCGACCGCGUGGUCACCAUCGGCACCGUCAUCAUCCCCAUCCUGCUGGUCACGCUGGUCUUCACCCGCAACUUCGCAGAGGAGUCCAUAUACUGCUACACCCCGCACAACUUCACCCGCGACCAGGCCCUGUACGCCCGCGGCUACUGCUGGACGGAGCUUCGGGACGCUCCCCCCGGGGGGGACCCCGCCCUGCGGCGCUCCCUCUUCGAGCACAAGUUCCUGCCCUACGCCCUGCUGGCCUUCGCCGGCAUCAUGUACCUGCCGGCCCUGGGCUGGGAGUUCAUGGCCUCCACCCGCCUCACCUCGGAGCUCAACUUCCUGCUCCACGAGAUCGACAACUGCUACCACCGGGCGGCCGAGGGCCGGGCGCCCAAGAUCGAGAAGCAGAUCCAGUCCAAGGGCCCCGGGAUCACCGAGCGGGAACGGCGGGAGAUCAUCGAGAACGCGGAGAAGGAGAAGAGCCCCGAGCAGAACCUGUUCGAGAAGUACCUGGAGCGGCGCGGCGAGAGCAACUUCCUGGCCAAGCUCUACCUGGCCCGGCACCUGGCCAUCAUCUGCCUGAGCUCCAUCCCCAUCACCUACCUGAGCGCCUACUACGCCCGGCAGCGCCAGAACGAGUUCACCUGCGCCCUGGGCGAGCUCCCGGACGUCAGCAGCCCGCCCCCGCUCCGCCUGGACGUCAACUGCAAGCUGCCCGCCGUGCAGCUCCAGCGCAUCAUGGCCGCCGUGGACCUGGGCCUGCUCUGCGGCGUGAACGUCAUCAUCCUGCUCAACCUGCUGCACCUGUUCGUGGUGCGCAAGUCCAACUUCGUCUUCGACAAGCUGCACAAGGUGGGCAUCAAGACGCGGCGGCGCUGGCAGAAGUCGCAGUUCUGCGACAUCAACAUCCUGGCCAUGUUCUGCAACGAGAACCGCGACCACAUCAAGUCGCUCAACCGCCUGGACUUCAUCACCAACGAGAGCGACCUCAUGUACGACAACGUGGUGAGGCAGCUGCUGGCCGCGCUGGCGCAGUCCAACCACGACGCCACGCCCACCGUGCGCGAGUCCGGCAUCCAGACCGGAGACCCGGGGCUCGACUCGGCCCUGCUGGCCCACGGCGAGCUGGGCGGGGAGCCGCUGGUCAUCAAGAGGCCCCGGAAGAAGAUCAAGUGGAUCCCCUCCACCAACCCGCUCCCCCAGCCCUUCAAGGAGCCUCUAACGAUGGUGCGUCUGGAGAACAGCACCAAGCCGGACAAGCUGAAGCCGGUUCGCCGGAAGACCGUGAUGGACAACUUCAUCAACCCGCAGCUGGACACCAAGAGCACGCAGCACCCGCCCACCAAAGCCACGGACCUGACCGCCGGUUGCCUGGAGAAGAAGCACACCCGAAACUUCUCCCUGGACGUGCAGCCCUACACCCUGACCUUCCGCAAGCCCAAGGCCGAGGUCGUCCAAUCACAGCCCCUCCCUCCGGAGCAUGUGCUGGACGCCGUGUUCAUCGAGGGCCCGCACGCCGUCGUGCACGCCGGCUCCGCCUCCGUCGCCGAGAAAAAAGACUCUCUCUCAGAGCCCCCCACACAGCCCUUCUCCACGGUCUCCCUCCCCCCCUCCGCCUACCUGAACGGGGGCUCGCCCGCCCAGGCUCUCCCCCCUGAGCCUCUGUCCCAGGCCGGGGACCCGGAGGGCGUGAGCUUCAGCCGAAACCCGGCCCUCCCGCUGCUGGGAAUCCACCGCACGCUGUACGAGGAGGAGGAGGAGGAGGAGGCCGAGAGCAGGAGGCGCAGGCUGGCCGAGAGGCCCGGGGGGGAGCUCAUCACCGCCGGGGAGUGCUGA